AUGGCCUACUCUCGACGGUCGUCGGACUCCGACCGCGAAUAUGUGUUGAUGCCCGUGAAGAGCGUCCACGGCGGCAGCGAAUAUGGAGGACGAGGCCGCCGUCACCAUGAAUUACCCAUUGAGGUGAACAAUUUCCUCGAGGUGCCACAUACUCGCCCUCGUGCUACCAGCCAGGGUGGGGGCGUGGCACCUGCGAUCAUCAAUAUAGGCGGCGGCGCCCUCUCUGAGCGCAACGGCCGUGGGCGUGACCACAGCCGAAGCCGUAGCCACCAUCGCCAUCACUAUCGCGACGGAUCCUCCUCCAGCUCCAGCUACUCCAGUGAGCGCUCGAGAUCGCGACACCGACAUCGCCCAGAACGAGUCCGCCCCGAUAGAGAGCGCCGGCCGAGCAGCAAACGAGACCCGAUCGACGAGGAAGAUCUACCCUACAAGUUUCGGAAAGAGCUCGACUUCGCCAAGGCGCAACACAAGGAAGAAGAAGAGCGGCGAGUCAUGGAGCGCAUAAAGAGGGACCGCGAAGAAGAGAGAAAGCGCUGGAAGCAGGAGGAGGAGGAGGAAGAGAGGCGGAAGAGGAAGGAGCGGGAGGCGAUUCUCUUGGAAGCCAAGUUGGAGAAAGAACGCAAGGAGAAAGAGCAGGACGAGCUGAGGAAGAAGAUCCUCAAGGACGAGGAGGAGCGCCGCGAAAAGGAGAAGCAGAAGAAGAAGGCCGAGGAGGAAGAGUUCGAGAGGAAGGUCAAGGAGAAGUUCAUGAAUGCUGGCUACACUCCCGAGGAAAUCGAAGAGGUGCUCCACAAGAAGAAAGCCCAGCGUGCGACGCUGGCUAUCGACCUCCACCGUCCGACCUUUAUCAAGGUCAAUCGAAAAUACCUCCACCCAGACACGCUGGAUCACUACGGGUUGCCCUGGGAAUGGGACGCACGUGACGACGAAUUCAUCAUCAUUAAGAGAUACAUCGACCACUCCUUACAGGACGAGCUCUUCGAACAUACCCGCCGGCUGAAGGAGCGGAAGCUCAUCACAGGACCAUAUGUCAAGGAAACCAAGACGAUCACCACGCUGACGCCCAACACCAAAGGGUUUGUCAAGAAAGGUGAUAAAAUGUACGUGGUGAGGGAGAAGUCACGGACCAGGAGUAAAUCCCCCGGCGGAUGGCUGUUGACUUGA